CUCAAAAAGAUAAUUUACUCAAAAGCAAUAAAACAUCACACCCAAAUCAACCUAUACCUAUAUCACGUCGUCCACGUGAUGCUCUUCAUGCUGAUUUUUAUCAAGCAUCUUGUUUUGAUGGAUCAAAAACCGAAGCAACAUUUAAAACAUUUUAUCAUCGAAAAUAUCUUUUAUCUCGACAUUUACGUGAACAUACAUUGAAAGAUCUUCUACGAUAUGCAACAAAUGUUGAACUUGAUAUUGAUAUUAUUGGUCAUUUUAUUUUACAUCCAAAUGAAUUAUCUAAGCAAGAACUGAAAAUGUUUGAAUUAACAUCAGAAUUUGGAGAUAUUUAUGAUGGUCAUAUUAUUCGAAUAAAUAAAAACAAACUUGUUCUAUUACUGGCUUCUACGCAUUAUUCUGAUAUGAAAAUUACACAAACAGAAGAUAAUCUGACAAAUGUUGAUGCUAAAUCUGAUCAACAAUCAACAAUCGUACAGCUUAUUUCUGAUUAUGUUCGUGAAUAUUUGCAAACAAAUCAUAAUCAUUUUUUUGAACAAAUACGACGUGUACAAGUUGAAUUGGAACCUUUAACUAAUACUGAUAAACGUCGCGUUAUUAUUCAUUUAUUAAACGAUGAAGAAAUUGUUGAAAAACUUACUUUUGAUAUUACAUAUGAACAAGAACCAAAACUUUUUGAUAAAGAAUAUCAAAAUAAUCUUUAUUUUAUACAAAGUAUCAAUGAAACAACAAUUAUUAAUUCUGUUGAACAUAAACUCAAAGAAUUAUUUGAUAAACGAUAUUCUUUAAAACAUCAAGACUCUUAUAUACAAUUAACAUUAGAUAUAGAAUACGAUACAUUAGAUAGUAUACGAAAACUGUUUUAUGCUUAUGCUAAUCAUACAUUAUCAAUAUAUUCACGUGAAGAAUGUAUGCGAAUAGCAAUUGAAUAUUAUUUUGAUGAUCUAUUAGAUAAAUUUGAUUGUAAGGAAUUUCAACCAAUUAAUGAUAAACAAAUCCAAAUGAUGAUUGAUGAUGUACAAAUGCGAUUACGUCAACAAAUCGAACGACGUUUAAAAGCCGAAAUGACAGCUAAAAUUCUUCUAAUCGGUCCACCAAUAAAUAAAGGUAUAUCUUAUUUGAAUAUGGAAAAAACACCAUCUUGCUCUUUAACGAUACAGUAG